AUCGCAUCUUCUCAUCCUCCUUCAUUCACAUUUCAUUUUUCUCUAUCACUUAAUUUUUAAAAGGUAACACAACCUCACUAUCAUGUUAUCCUUAUUGCUUCUCUCCUGCCUUUCCACCCACUUUGCAUCAGCUACACCGAUCUCAGACACCACAAAACCAGUAAAUGCGACCACGCCAUCAAACACCACAGCCUCGUCUCAACAGAUCGCUCCACCGUGGGUCUCCGAACCUCAAGGUCGCGGAACAUGGAAUCUCCUAUACAGUUGCGUGUUGACGCUCGUCCUCUGCGUCUGGACAUCCGUUCAUCUAAAUGUUCCCGGCUACGGUGAAAGCGCCUGGCAGAUGUACCGGCGCAAGGCGAAAUGGGUUGCCAUCGCCCUCUUCGCACCCGAGUUCGUCGUUUAUUGUGCUUUCCAGCAGUGGUACACGGCGAGGGUGUUUUUGAAAGAGUUGCAGAAGUUGCACGACUGGGUACCUCCGGGAUCAGAGGUCAGUGUUGUAUUCGGUGGACUGUGCUUGGGAAAAUACUGCAAAGCUAAUAGCCAGCCAGGGUAAAGGCAACGGUCGAAGGUCGCAUAAGUUUGAUAUGACUUAUGCCAUGUUUGUCGUCAUGGGAGGCAUUGUCGUGGAUAUCGAGCACCUUCACAACCGGCUGAAGCGUGCAACUCUCACAACCAACGGGCUCUUGUUACUCGGACAACAUGGGCAUUUCUUUUAUGUCGAGCCAGAUGCCAUCGCCGACAAGAGUAAAGCCAACUUACUCGCCAAAGGAUUGGUAUGUGUCCAGGUGCUGUGGGUGGCUAGGCAAACGAUCGAGAGGAAAGUCGCGGGGCUGCCAAUUAGCCUUCUAGAGUACCACACCCUGGUACAUGUCGUAUGUGCUCUGGUUAUGUACGUCCUUUGGUUCCAGAAACCGUACGAUAUCCAGUACCCGACCAUGGUUGCAACAGACAAUUUCCCUGAGGCGCUGGCUUUUAUUGUUGCGAGCUCGAAGUGGAAGGGGUACAGUGGAUUUAGAUUUACGAGUCACGGGUUAGAUCGCCGAAAUUUGUCUAUACAUCUUGAAGAAGAUCCAGAAUUCACUUGGUUCGGAACUCCGACCAGUUCCGCAAGUAUUUCCACAUCUCAGGCUUCCGGGACCUCCCCUCUACUAGCUCCACAGGACCAAACAUCCGAAGAUCAUUGGUAUCAAGCUCUUCAAGAUGACGAACGCUUAGUCCAGGAUAAGACCAACCUGGUAAUUAUUCCUGCACAAGAAACAUCGCUUAAUUUUUCAUUGUCGUAUGGUCAAGCUCUUCGGUCUGGGCUUGGACCUGACAGACACGCAUUCUGCGACAAACUCGAAAUAUCGUACAAGGACAAGAUGCGUCUUGACUUAGCCGGCAAUUUCAUCUCAACAACCAUCGACGCUCUAGAUAAGUCGCAGCCCUUGCCAUCGACUACAUUCAAUGAUCCUCGAGCAUCACGCCAGAAACGAUGGAGGAAAACUCCCCUUCUUUCCACGUUUCGACCCGGAGUAAUUCGGGCCUUUGGAGAGAACCUCAUCGCAUAUCGAGCAGAAAACACAGCAGGUUGGACUGACCUAGAACAGCGCAUUGGCGCUGGUGCUGCUAGGAUUGUUUUAUUCAUGGCUCUAUUCCUCGUCUUAUCUGCAUAUGCAGUAAUUCAUCUCGUAGCUGGUCACACGGUAUUUCCCACUUCAAUCGAAGCGAUACUCUGGAAGAAUUCUUGUUAUACUCUUCUCGGUGGUAUAGGACUUGCCGCUUUGUUCUAUGUCGGUGAUGUCACUGGUUUCCUUGACUUCAUUAUCAACGUUGAUUUUCCAAAUUGGUUGAAAAGGAGAACGCCGUAUAUUCUAUUCUUUGGGCUUUUGCCCGUGGUAGUACUUCUGUAUACGUCUGCGCGGAUGUUCAUCGUUGUGGAGUCCUUCAUUUCGUUGAGGCAUGUGCCAGGAGGGUGUAUCGAACACCGGAACAGAGUAUCACGAGUUGUAUACCACAUCUUUGAGAAACUAAUGAAAGAGAGAGUUCGAACUAUGAAUAUAAUAUGUCGCCAGACAGAUUUGAAACUGCUCAGACGAGGGAUUAUAGAGACCGACAAAUUCUAGACGAAGUAA